AUAUACAGAAAAUUAGAAAAUAGUUUGGCUAUAGAAAGGAUACACUAUCAAAGUUACAGUAUUUUCAACUUAUCUGUGGUGUGUGUAGCCUUUGGUUUGUUAAAUAGUUGUAGUAACCUUUGUGGAGCACCUUCUGUUGACAUGUGUUGCUCUGUGUGCCUUACGAUGAUUACUGCUGCAUACAGAAAAGCAGUCUUCCCCAGCACUCGGGCUCUGUUAUGAUCCUCUUAGAGUUUUUCCUCAUAGUAUUUGCCAUGAUCUAGCACAUACACAUGUGUUUUCUCAUCUUUUGUUUUCCUCCAUUAACUGUAAGGCCCGUGUAGAAGGGGCUUUGCUUUGCCCACUGCUAUAUUCUUAGUAGUAGCUGAAAAAGACCAGGCACUGAGUACUCAAUAUUUUUUGAAAUACUGAUUUUUAUUAGAUCUUCACAUCAAACAUGCAAAAUGGAAAUUCUUGUGCUUAUUUUAAAGAUGAGCAAAAUGCUGCACAGAGUUUUAAAUAACUUUCUAAAGGUCCCACAGUCAGUGGUGGAACUGAUUUGUAUUUGAUCCCAUUUUUUUGAGGGAAUUUGCUAAUCUUGAAUACCCUUCCUCUCAAGAAGAAGUAUUUAUAAAGUUUCCCUCUCAAAUUUAAUAUAAUGGUUGAGAAAAAAUAAAAAUAUCUUAGGAACUAUAUAGUUGAACAUAAAUAUGGUCAAGAUAUAGAAAUACCUUAUAGACAUUGACUGUUAAAUUAGAAGGGCAGGCUUAUGUACAGGCUUGUACAAUUCUUAAAGAGCAUCUUUAGGUAAACUUGAGAUUAUUGUCAGCUGGCACCACCGUAACGCUUCACCUGUCUUGUGAAAUGCUUUGUAUUUAUUGAUGGCAUCACAUACUCCUUUGCAGGUAGAGGGUGGCCCAAACCCCCCUGAAGAAGAUUUGAGUCCAAUUAGUGGAAAUAUCACCUUUCCCCUGGGCAGAGCAACAGUAAUUUACAACUUGACAGUGCUUGAUGAUGAGUUUUAUGCUAUCUGUUCUUAUUGUUUUAUUUGUUUAUUAUAGUUGGAAACUGUGGUAUUGAUGAACAGAUUUCCCCCAAUUCCACCUGUGAGUCCUAGAUUUGGGAAAAUCCGAAAUAUUUCCUUACUGGUUACUCCAGCCAUUGCAAAUGGAGAAAUUGGCUUUACUAGCAAUCUUCCGAUCAUUUUGCAUGAACCAGAAGGUUCUGCGACUGAAGUGGUAUACAUUUCUCUGCAUCGGGAUGGAACUGAUGGCCAGGCUACUGUCUACUGGAGUUUGAAGCCCUCAGGCUUUAACUCACAAGCAGUCACCAAGGAUGACAUCAGUCCCUUUAACGGCUCUGUUGUAUUUUUAUCUGGUCAAAGUGACACAACAAUCAACAUUACUGUCAAAGGCGAUGGCAUACCAGAAAUGAAUGAAACUGUAACACUUUCUCUAGACAGACUGGAUGGCAUUCCUGAGCUGGAUGAGUACUACUGGGUGGUCCUCAGCAGCCACGGUGAAAGGGAAAGCGAGUUGGGAAGUGCGACAGUUGUUAACAUAACGAUUCUAAAAAACGACGACCCUCAUGGAGUUAUAGAGUUUGUUUCUGACGGGCUCACUGUGAUGAUAAAUGAAAGCAAAGGAGACGAUAUCUACAGUGCUGUUUAUGGUGUAAUAAGAAAUCGAGGCAACUUUGGUGACGUUAGCAUAUCAUGGGUGAUUAGUCCUGACUUUACACAAGAUGUAUUUCCUGUGCAAGGGACUAUUUUCUUUGGCGAUCAGGAAUUUUCAAAAAAUAUCACCAUAUACUCCCUUCCAGAUGAGAUUCCAGAGGAAACCGAAGAAUUUACCAUUAUGCUACUUAAUGCAACCAGAGGAGCUAAAGUGGGAAAUAAAACAACUGCAACUCUGAGGAUUAGAAGAAAUGAUGACCCUAUUUAUUUUGCAGCACCUCAUGUAGUACAGGUUCAGGAAGGGGAUACCGCUAACUUCACCGUUCUCAGAAAUGGAUCUGUGGAUGUUACCUGCUCUGUCCAGUAUGCUGUCAUGGAUGGGACAGCUACUGCAGAAGAGGGAGACUUUGUUCCUGCUGAGAAAGGAGAAACCCUUGUGUUUGAGUCUGGAAGUAGAGAGCAGAGCUUAUCUGUGUAUGUUAAUGAAGAUGGUAUCCCAGAAACGGAUGAGUCCUUCUAUAUAAUCCUCUUUAAUUCAACAGGUGAUACAGUAGUAUAUCCAUAUGGAAUAGCUACAGUCAUAAUUGACGCUAAUGAUGACCCAAAUGGUAUUUUUUCUGUGGAGCCCAUAGACAAAACAGUAGAAGAAGGAAAGACUAAUGCAUUUUGGAUUUUGAGGCACCGAGGAUGCUUUGGAAAUGUGUCUGUGGGUUGGCAGCUAUUUCAGAAUGAUUCUGCUCUGCAUCCUGGCCAGGAAUUCUAUGACACUUCAGGGACUGUUCACUUCAUGGAUGGAGAAGAAGCAAAACCAGUAAUUCUCCAUGCUUUUCCAGACAGUAUUCCUGAAUUCAAUGAAUUUUAUAUUCUAAAGCUCAUAAAUAUUUCAGGUGGGUCCCCAGGUCCUGGGGGCCAACUGGGAGAAACUAACCUUCAGGUGACAGUAAUGAUUCCAUUCAAUGAUGAUCCUUUUGGGAUUUUCAUCUUGGACCGAGAGUGCUUAGAGAGAGAAGUGGCAGAAGAUGUCCUUUCAGAAGACGAUAUGUCUUAUAUUACCAACUUCACCAUUUUGAGACAACAGGGCAUCUUUGGUGAUGUCCGAGUAGGCUGGGAAAUAUUGUCCAGUGAGUUUACUGCUGGUUUGCCACCAAUGGUGGACUUUUUACUGGUUGGAAUUUUCCCAAGCACUGUGCAGUUACAACCACACAUGAGACGUCACCAUAGCGGAACAGAUGCUUUGUACUUCAGUGGGCGAGAGGGUGCAUUUGGGACUGUUAAUCCAAAAUACCAUCCUUCUAGGAAUAACACAAUUGCAAACUUUACAUUUUCAGCUUGGGUAAUGCCUAAUGCUAGAACAAAUGGGUUUGUCAUAGCAAAGGAUGAUGGAAAUGGAAGCAUCUACUAUGGGAUAAAAAUUCAAACAAAUGAAUCUCACGUGACAUUUUCCCUUCAUUAUAAAACUUUGGGAUCCAAUACUACAUAUAUUGCCAAGACAACAGUCAUGAAAUAUUUAGAAGAAGGUGUUUGGCUUCAUCUUCUAAUUAUCCUGGAUGAUGGUAUAAUUGAAUUCUACUUGGAUGGAAAUGCAAUGCCCAGAGGAAUCAAGAGUCUGAAAGGAGAAGCCAUAACUGAUGUGCCCGCCAGCAGCGUGCCGCACAUCACCGUGCAGGAGGAGGAUGGAGAAGUCAAAUUACUGGUCAUCCGUGCACAGGGCCUCCUGGGGAGGGUGACCGUGCAAUUCAGAACCGUGUCCUUGACAGCGUCCAGUCCCAAGGACUACCAGAGUGUUGCUGGCACAUUAGAGUUUCAACCAGGAGAAAGAUAUAAAUAUGUUUUUGUCAACAUCACUGAUAAUUCUAUCCCUGAACUGGAAAAAUCUUUUAAAGUUGAGUUGUUAAACUUGGAGGGAGGAGUGCGUGUUGUGCGGGCUGUGUCUCCGCCUGUCCCCGGUGCAGUGGCUGAGAUCUUUAGGGUUGAUGGCAGUGGUAGUGGUGAUGGGGACAUGGAACGCUUCCUCCCGACUCUCCACAGACGUGCCAGCCUAGGAGUGGCUUCCUGGAUCCUGGUGACUGUGGCAGCCUCUGACCAUGCACAUGGCGUGUUCGAGUUUAGCCCAGAGUCGCUCCUUGUGAGUGGAACUGAACCAGAAGAUGGGCACAGCACUGUGUUGCUAAAUGUGGUGAGGAGUCACGGAGCUCUGUCCUGGGUGACUUUGCAUUGGAGCACAGCCUCAGAUCCUGAUGGCGAUCUUGCUUUCACCUCCGGCAAUGUCACCUUUGAGGUCGGCCAGACACGCGCCCACAUCAUGUUGGAAAUCCUGCCGGACGAAAACCCGGAGCUAGAUAAGGCGUUCUCGGUGUUGAUCCUCAGUGUCUCGAGCGGUUCCUUGGGAGUUCACACCAAUGCCACGUUAAUAGUUUUGGCCAGUGAUGAUCCUUAUGGGGUAUUCAUUUUUUCUGAGGAAAAUGGACCUAUUAACGUUGAGGAAGCGACCCAGAAUGUUACAUUAUCAAUAGUCAGGUUGAGAGGCCUCCUGGGGAAAGUCAGAGUCUCCUAUGCAACAGCAGAUAAUAUGGAAAAACCACCUUAUUUUCCACCUAAUUUAGCCAGAGCAACUCAAGGAAGAGACUAUGUAUCAGCUUCUGGAUUUGCUCUUUUCGUGGCUAAUCAGAGUGAAGCAACAAUAACUAUCUCAGUUUUGGAUGAUGAUGAACCAGAAAGGUUGGAGUCUGUGUUUAUUGAGCUGCUCAGUCCAGUUUUAGUGGAGAAAGUACAGAAUCGCCCAAUUCCAAACUCACCUCGCCUUGGCGUUCAGGUAGAAACUGUAGCCCAUCUAACUAUCCUGGCCAAUGAUGAUCCCUUUGGAACUCUUCAGCUCUCGACACCAGUUGUUCGAAUGGCAGAAAAUCAUGUCGGACCCAUCAUCAAUGUGACUAGAACAGGAGGAGCCUUUGCAGAUGUUUCUGUGAAGUUUAAAGCAGUACCAAUAACUGUGAUUGCUGCCUUUUCCAUGCUCUAUUAUGAAACGCUGAUGGUGGAUUUUUCUGUUACAUGGUGGGUUAUUCAAGUGCAGCUAACUGAUGCCUCAGGUGGAGGUACUGUUGGGUUAGAUCGAGUGGCAAGUAUUAUUAUCCCUGCCAAUGACUAGCCUUACGGUAUGGUAGCCUUUGUCCAGUCGGUUUAUCGUGUCCAAGAGCCCUUGGAGAGAAGUUCCUGUGCUAACAUAACUGUCAGGCGAAGCGGAGGGCACUUUGGCCAGCUGCUGUUGCUCUACAGUACUUCUGACAUUGACGCAGUGGGCCUCGCAGUGGAGGAAGGUCAGAAUGUACUGUCCUACUAUGAGUUGCCAGUUCGAGGGCUUCCUGACCCACUUUGGAGGACUUGGGUGAAUGUCUCGGCUGUCGGGGAGCCCCAGUAUACCUGUGCCACUUUGUGCCUCUGACAGGAGGCCUGCUCGGCCUUUUCCUUUUUCAGCACUGCCGAGGGUCCACAGUGCUUUUGGAUGACAUUGUGGAUCAGCCCAACUGUCAACAGUUCAGACUUCCGGACCUACAGGAAAAACAUGACCAGGGUGGUGUCUCUGUUUAGUGGUCAGGCUGUGGCCGGCAGCGACUACGAGCCCGUGACAAGACAGUGGGCCAUGAUGCUGGAAGGUGAUGAGGUUGCAAAUCUCACAGUUUCUGUUCUUCCUGAUGAUUUUCCAGAAAUGGAUGAGAGUUUCCUCAUUUCUCUCCUCGAAGUUCACCUCAUGAACAUCACUGCCAGUUUUAAAAAUCAGCCAACCAUAGGCCAGCCAAAGUGUUUUAAGGAUUUCCAACUGCAGCGGGCCAACAAGAUGGAGCUGCGAAAGCAGCAAGAAGAUGUGAGUGUGGUCCGUCGCACUGAAUUCUACUUUGCUCAGGCUCGGUGGCGCCUGACAGAGGAAGACGGACAGCUAGGAAUUGCUGAACUGGAGCUGCAGAGGUUUCUCUAUAGCAAGAUUCCUUUUUCUGCUUUCCACAAUCCAUUUUUUUCUCUUUUUAGGGCCACCUCUAUUAACACAGAAGAAGCCAACAGGACCGUAUACUUAAAUGUAUCGCGUACUAAUGGCAUUGAAUUAGCUGUGAAUGUGCAGUGGGAAACGGUAUCCGAAACAGCCUUUGGCAUGAGAGGAAUGGAUGUCGUCCUUUCCAUAAUUCAAAGUUUUUUGAACGAGUCAGCUGCUGGCUGGUGUUUCUUCACUUUAGAAGAUUCAUUAUAUGGUAUAAUGUUAAGAAAAUCAUCAUUUACUCUUUAUCGAUGGCAAGGGAUUUUUAUUCCACUUGAGGAUGUAAAUAUGGAAAAUCCUAAAAUGUGUGAGGCCUUUCAUAUUGGUCUUUCCCCCUACUUCGUGAUCACUCAUAAAGAAAGAAAUGGAGAAAAUCUUUCUGCUAAUAGUGUAUAUACAUUAACAUCUGGAUUCAAAUUAUUCUUGGUUCAAACAAUUAUUAUUUCAGAAAGUUCCCAAGUAAAAUAUUUUACUUCAGACAAUCAAGAUUAUUUAAUUGUUGCAAGUCAAAGAGAUGAUUCCGAAUUAACUCAGGUCUUCAGAUGGACGGGAGGUAUCUUCGUGCCGCAUCAGAAGCUCCCUGUGCGCGGGGUGCUGGCCACAGCCAUGUUCCUGCGGGGCGGCUCUGUGUUCCUGACCCUUUCCCAGGCAGACGCUGCCCUGGUGCUCCGAUGGUCCAGCGGUGUGUUUGCUACCUCUCAAGAGCUGCCUGUCAGCGGGACAACACAACUCGAGACUUUGUCUUUGGGCAAUGAUGUUUACUUAAUUUUUGCCAAAAAUAUCUCUCUAGGUGAUCAGAACUCCAUUGAGAUUUUCAUCUGGGAGACAGGGCAACCUUCUUUCAGGUAUUUCCAGUCCGUGGACUUUGCCACUGUGAACAGAAUCCAUUCCUUCACACCAGCGUCGGGAAUAGCCCACAUACUUCUGGCUGGCCCAGAGGCGUCUGCGCUCUAUGGCUGGGAUUCUGGGCGGAGCCAGUUCUCUCUCCUGCUGGAAGCCCCUUCUGCUCACGCAGCGGCAUCUGUCACAGUGAGGUCCCUCAACUCAAGCAAGAGCUUAGUGUUGGUGGCCGGCGUGCCUCACUCUCACGUGCUGGAGCUGGCCUCCGUCUCCAGCCAGUCCGACUUCGUCCCCGGUUCAGGUGAAUUGAUAUUUGAACCUGGCGACAGAGAAGCUAUAAUAGCAGUGACUAUCCUGGACGAUGCAGUUCCAGAAGAGGAGGAGUCCUUCAGAGUUCAGCUUAAAAAUCCCACAGGCGGGGCAGAGAUUGGAACCCAUGGCUCUGUGAAAAUAACAAUUCUGUCUAACGAUGAUGCGCACGGAGUGGUCGCAUUUGCCCAGAAUUCAUUAUAUAAACAGGUGGAGGAAAUGGAGCAAGAUAGCCUGGUCACCUUGAAUGUUGAGCGCUUAAAGGGAACAUACGGUCACGUAACGGUAGCGUGGGAAGCCGACGGAAGUGUUGAUGAUAUAUUUCCUACCUCAGGAGUGAUUUCAUUUGCUGAAGGACAGACGCUGUCUACCAUCACUCUGACUGUUCUUGCGGAUGACACACCGGAGUUAUCAGAGGUUGUGACUGUGACCCUUGCCCACAUUACCACGGAAGGUGUGGAGGACCCAUCCAGAGGUGCCGCUAUCCAUCUGCAAAGAAACAAGUCCGUGAUCACCACUCUGCCCAGCGACUCCCCCCAUGGCCUGGUGGGCUGGCACUCAGGAUCUCUCCUCAGUAGGGUGGCAGAGCCUGCAGAGAACAUCACUAUUCUUCAGUUACAAAUUGUCCGAGAUGAAGGACUAUUUGGGGAUGUUGCCAUUCACUUGAUAGCUAAACCUAAUUUGUUACUGCACAUCAAUAACCAAGCUACUGAGAAUGAAGAUUAUGUAUUACAAGAAACAAUAAUAAUGAUGAAAGAAAACAUAAAAGAAACUCAUGCCAAAAUUGCCAUUUUACCAGAUGAUGCUCCCGAGUUGGAGGAAGGAUUUGUGGUCGCCAUCACUGAGGUGAACCUUGUCAGCUCUGAUUUCUCUGCGGAACCGCCGCGUGUGCGGAGACCUGGACUGGAAACGGCUGAGGUAGUGAUCGAGGAAAAUGACGAUCCCCGGGGCGUCUUUAAAUUCCAUGUCACCAGGGACGCUGGUGGCACUGUCGCUGCCCACGAGCUGCCGCCGCCCUUGAACAUCCUCCUGAUUCCUGUGGCCCGGCUGGCCGGAAGCUUUGGCCUCGUGAGUGUUCACUGGACAGCCACGCCUGGCAGCGCUGGCUCCGAGGACUUCUUGCCCUCCCUCGGGACGCUGGAAUUCGCAGAUGGACAAGUUACUGCAGCAAUAGAAGUCACCAUAAUCGAUGAUGCUGAAUAUGAGCUCAUGGAGAUGUUCAGCAUCUCCUUGACCAGUGUAUCUGGAGGUGGCACACUUGGUGACGAUGUUGUGUUAACUGUUGUUAUUCCACAAAACGAUUCUCCAUUUGGAGUAUUUGGAUUUGAAGAACAAACUGUAAUGGUUGAUGAGUCCCUUGUGUCUGAUGACCCUGAUUCCUCUGUGAUGUUGAUGGUGGUCCGGUCCCCUGGAGGAAAAGGACCUGUCCAGCUUCAGUGGGUGGUGGAGGAUAAAGCUAAGGAUGAUCUCAGCCCUCUGAAAGGGAUACUUCACUUUGAUGAGACGGAGUCCCAGAAGAGCAUCAUCCUGAGAGCGCUGCAGGGCACUGCACGGGACUGGGACCGGUGCUUCACCAUCCAGCUGACAGCGGCUGACGAGGUAGAGAUAGCUCCAGGAAAAGGCAGAGCAUCGAUAAUCAUCCGAGGAGAGAAGGCAGCAACAGGGAAUGUUGGGAUCGCUCCAUCCUCCAGGCACGUCCUCAUCGGGGAGCCCUCAGCCACAUACAACGGCACCGCCGUCAUCAGCCUUGUCCGAGGCCCUUCGAUCUCAGGGGAGGUGACAGUGUGGUGGAGAAUCUUCCCUCCUUCCCUGGAGAAGUUUGCCGAAGCCUCAGGGAAGCUAACCAUGCAGGAUGGACAGUCGGCGGCCAUCGUGGUCAUACAGGCCCUGAAUGACAACAUCCCUGAGGAGAAGCGUUUCUAUGAGUUCCAGCUCACAGAUAUCAGUGAGGGUGCAGGGCUGAGCCCCUCCAGCCACACUGCCAACAUCACCAUGGUGGCCAGCGACGCCCCCUAUGGCCACUUCGCCUUUUCCCAGGAGCAACUCCAGGUGUCAGAGGAAGUGCAGAGGGUUAAUGUCACAGUUGUCCGGGCAGGCGGCUACUUCGGCCUCGUGAGGCUGUGGUUCGAGACUGUGGGUGGCACAGCGGACGCAGGCGUGGAUUUUGUCCCUGUGGCCGGGCAGCUCCUUUUCCAGGCGGGAGAGAUGGCUCGAGGUCUGCAGGUUGAAAUCCUUGAUGAUGACCAUCCUGAAGGCCCUGAGGACUUUUCUCUAGUGAUUAUGAAGGUGGAGCUCCAGGGAAGAGGGUAUGAUUUUGCCAUCCAAGGAAAUGGACUGCAGAUAGAUCAACCUCCUGAAAUAGGAAACAUCUCCACUAUUCAAAUCAUAAUAAUGAAAAAUGAUAACGCAGAGGGCAUCAUUGAAUUUGACCCAAAGUAUACGGCCUUCCAAGUGGAGGAGGACGUGGGCGCGGUCGCGAUUCCCGUGGUGAGGCUCCGUGGGACCUACGGCCACGUGGCGGCUGACUUCGUGGCGCGGAGCCCCUCUGCUGUCCCCGGAGGCGUGGACCACAUACUGCACAGCGCCUCGGUCGCCUUCCAGCACGGGCAGAACCUGAGCUUCAUACUCGUCUCAGUGGCGGGUGGCGAGGGGAGCGGCUCCCAGGGCCCCCUGGAGGUCCUCCUCACCCGGGCUGCGGGCGGCGCGCUCCUUGGACGACACCUCGUGAGCAGGGUCACUGUCGCCCCGGGCGGCGCUCCCUUCGGCGUGGUGCGGUUCCUCAAUCAGAGCAGCAUCUCCCUUCUCAGCCCCGAUUCCACGACGCUGCUCCCCUUGGCGCUCGAGCGGACCGGAGGGCUCCUGGGCGAGGUUCAGGUAGCCUGGGACAUCGUGGGCCCCAACUCUGAAGAAGCCCUGUCACCGCUGAAUGGGCGCAUCGCCGACUCUGUGAGUCCUGGUUCCUUCUAUUUCGCAGAGGGAGAGGGCGGAGUGAGGACCCUCCUUCUGACCAUCUGCCCUCAUGGAGAGCCUGAGGUGGAGGAGACUUUCACAGUUAACCUGAAGCUUGUGAAAGGAGAAGCUAAACUGGACUCCAGAGCUAAAGCUGUUACAUUAAUAAUACGAAAGCGUGGUGGUCCGAGUGGAGUUGUUUCUUUUGCCUCUGAGUCUACCUCUGUGAAGACCUAUGUGGAGCCACUGGCUGCGGAAGGGCCUCUGCUCAUCACUUUCUUUGUCAAAAGAGUCAAGGGCACUUUUGGAGAAAUUACGGUUUACUGGGGAUUGCGUAGUGAGUUUGAUAUCACUGGAGACUUUCUUUCCACAAAUGGCUUUUUCACUAUCGCCGAAGGAGAGAGUGACGCGAGCUUUGACAUUCAUUUGCUGCCCGAUGAUACCCCCGAGGUGGAGGAAACCUACGCUGUCCAGCUGCUUUCAGUAGAGGGUGGAGCGGACCUGGACCUGAACAGUAGCAUCGCGUGGUUCUCUGUGUUGGCCAACGACAACCCGCAUGGAGUAUUUGCCCUGUAUUCCGAGCACCAGUCCGUACUUGUUGGGCAGAACCUUAUUCGGUCCAUCCAAGUUAAUGUAACCAGGCUUGCUGGAACCUUUGGAGAUGUGGCUGUUAAAUUUCAGAUAUUGUCUGAGCAGAAAGCACAGCCAGUUGUGACUGAAAAUGUUGAGAGGCAGCUGGUGGUCGAAGACGGUGUGACGUGUAAAGUGGCUGCAGUGCCGAUGAGGAGUCAGGUCUUUCUGUCCCUGGGCUCCAAUUUCACCGUGCAGCUGGUGACUGUGAUGCUUGUCAGUGGACAUUCCGACAGCAGGCCAACAAUUCUCCAGGAAGCCAAGUCAGCUGUCUUUCCUGUCCCAGAGAACGCUGCCAAUUCUCAGGUUGGAUUUGAAUCCACUGCCGCGCGGCUCUUGGACGUGGCGUCUGGCUGGAGCCAGGUGACUGUCUGCAGGAGGGGCACCUAUGGCGCGCUUGCGGUGGCCUGGACCACUGGCUACGCCCCCGCCCCCGGGUGGGAAACCCCCAAGGCCGUGCUCACUGGCAACAUGACCCCUGCGCUGGGGAGCCUCUCCUUUUCCCACGGUGAAGCGAGGAAGCCCGUGUCACUGCGGACCUUUCCCAGCCCCGGCCAGGCAGAGGCCUUUGCCAUCCACCUGUCUGGAGUGCAGAGCAGUGCCCCUGGAGGCGCUCGGCUUCGACCAGGGUUUACUGUUGCUGAAAUUGAACCGAUGGGAAUCUUCCAAUUCUCCCCUAGUUCAAGAAAUAUCACAGUGUCAGAGGAUGCGCGGCUGGUCAGACUGCAGCUGCAGAGGCUAUAUGGGUUCCACGGGGACCUUGUUAAGGUCUCCUACGAGACAGUCGCAGGAAGCGCCAAGCCGAUGGAAGACUUUGAGCUGAUUCAGAGCGGGGAAGUGUUCUUUCACAAAUUCCAAACUGAGGUUGAUUUUGAGAUAGCCAUUAUUAAUGAUCAGAUUCCUGAGAAGGAAGAAAUUUUUUACAUUAAUCUCACUUCCAUAGACACAGGGGGACUAGAAAAGUUGGAUGUCAAUUGGAGACCACGCCUGAACCUCCAUCUUGGUGUGGCAGUGAUCACAGUAUUGGAUGAUGAUCACCCAGCAGGCAUGGAGGUUUCUGUCCCCAUGACAGCUGUGGCUGUGGCAGUUGGCACCCCGCUCAUCCCUCCAGACACAGACUCCACCACACACCCUGGUACAGGCAGGACCACUGCCAUUCCACAGGCAGCUGAGACGCUGGCCACUGUUCCUGAAGCAACUGGUAUACCUGCCACCCCGGAGAAACCUGUCACCCACCACAGGCCAUCCACCAUGCCUGAGAAGCCUGACGAGGCCAAUGUUUCUGACCAUGGAACUUUUAGUCUCGGCCCCGCCGUUAUUUAUGUGGAAGAGGAGAUGAAGAACGGCACACUCAGUACUGCAGAAAUUCUCAUCCGAAGAACGGGUGGAUUUGCCGGAAAUGUCAGCGUGACAGUUAGAACCUUUGGAGAAAGAUGUGCUCAGAAGGAACCAAAUGCAUUGCCCUUUCCGGACACCUAUGGGGUCACCAACCUAAGCUGGGCAGCGGAAGGGCAAGACUUCGAGGAGCAAAUGCUGAGCCUUACAUUUCUCCAUGGAGAAAGAGAACACCGAGUGUCAGUUCCGACUGUGGAUGACGAGGAGCCCGAGGGCCAGAAGUUCUUCUAUGUGUUUCUCACAGACCCUCAAGGGGGAGCCCAGAUCGUGAAGGGAGAGGACGACGCUGGAUUCACAGCUUUUGCUGUCGUUAUUAUUACAGGCAGUGAUCUGCACAAUGGCAUCCUGGGAUUCAGCGAGGACUCCCAGAGUGGGAUGGAGCUGGGGGCAGGCGCUGAGGAGAGGAGACUGAGACUUGUGGUCACAAGGCAGCCAAACAGGGCCUUUGAAGAUGUCCAGGUCCAUUGGCGAGUCUCGCUGAACAAGUCAGCCGUCAUUCUCCAGAAGGAAGGCUUAGACCUGCGGGAUGAACUUCUGUCCGUCUCAGGGACCACGACCUGCAUGGCGGGCCGAGUACAAUGCCUCAUCAGCCUGGAGCUCAAACCAGAGGAGAUGCUUCUGGUUGAAAUGCAUUAUUUCUUUGUGGAACUCUAUGAAGUCACUGCCGGAGCAGCGAUAAACAACAGUGCCAGAUUUGCGCGGAUCGGAGUCUCCCAGAGCCGCGACGCUCAGAGCCUCGCCUGUUUUUCUGUGGGUUCCCGGCUGGCCGUGGCACAUAGGAAGGCCACGCUCAUCAGCCUGCAGGUGACCAGAGACUCUGCGGCGAGACCCACGGUGUCUGUUAGCUUUAGCACCCAGGAGUUGAGGGGUGCUGAAACAAUUGGUCGGACUCUUGUAUCUCCAGCUGUCUCUGGGAAGGAUUUUGAGAGAACGGAAGGCACGCUGCUCUUUGAGCCCGGCCAGAGAGACUCUGUGUUGGACAUCAUCCUAAUGCCAGAAACAGGGUCUUCAAGGCCCUUUCCUAAGCGCUUUCAGGUUGUGCUUUUUGACCCGAAAGGUGGUGCCAGAAUCAAGGGAGUAUAUGGGACCACCAACAUCACUCUCAUCUCUGAUGCAGCCUCACAGGCCGUCUGGGGGCUUGCAGAUCAGCUGCAGCAGCCCCUGGACGAGGACAUUCUCAGGCGAGUGCUGCAUAGCAUCAGUGUUAAAGUGACCACUGAGAGCACAGAGGAGCAGCUCAGCGCCGCGAUGCAUGUGAUGGAAAAGAUAACUGUUGAAGGAAGAAAUGAAGCUUUCAGUGUUGAAAGCCGAGCUCUCUUCUACGAGAUCCUUUGUGCUCUUGUUAACCCAGAGCGUGAGGAUACCAGAGGGUUCAGCCACCUCACUGACGUGACCGAGAGCUUUGCCUUUGCUCUGCUGACUGAUGUUCCCUGUGGCUCUGCUGCUGAGAAAAGCAAAACCAUCCUCGACAGCUGCCCAUACUUGUCAAUAAUGGCUUUUCACUGGGAUCUCCAGCAAAUCAAUGGGCACAAGUUUGUAGGAAAGGAAGGUGAUUAUAUUCAAAUUCCAGAAAGGUUAUUGGAUGCUCCCGAUGCAGGAACAGUGCCUGGAGAAAGUACCUGUAAAUUAGUGCAGUUUACAGAGUAUAGCAGCCAGCAGUGGUUUGUAACUGCAAACAACCUUCCUGCCCUGAAAAAUAAGGUAUUAUCUUUGAGUGUGAAAGGCCAGAGUUCACAAGUCCUGGCUAACAACAAUGAAGUUCUCUAUAGGAUUUAUGCCGCUGAGCCCAGAAUUGUUCCUCAGUCGUCUCUGUGUCUCCUUUGGAAUCAGGCAACUGAGAGCUGGUGGCCUGACAGCCCGCUGUGCAGAGUGGUGGGGGUCACCACAGGCUACGUGGACUGCGCCUGCUCACACAUGUCCGUGUACGCCGUCUAUGCACAGACGCAUACCCUGUCUGCAUACAACGAGGCCUUCUUCUCUUCCGGAUUUAUAUGCAUCUCAGGGCUCAGCUUGACGGUCGUGUCGCAGGUCUUCUGCGCCGGGUGCUCCACGUGCGCGGCGAAGCUCCUCAUGCACAUGAUGGCAGCCGGCCUGGGGACGCAGAUUGUGUUCCUGGUGUCUGCAUACGCAAGUCCCCAGCUCUCUGAGGAGGGCUGCUCAGCCAUCGCUGCUGUCACCCACUACCUGUACCUCUGCCAGUUCAGCUGGAUGCUCGUCCAGUCGGUGAAUUUCUGGUACGUGCUGGUUAUGAGCGAUGAGCACACGGAGCGCCGCUGCCUGCUGUUCCUGCUCCUGGGCUGGGGGCUGCCGGCCCUCGUGGUGAUCCUGCUUAUCGUGGUCCUGCGAGGGGUCCACCAUCAGAGCAUGCCGCAGAUCUACGGACUCGUCCACGGAGACCUGUGCUGCAUCCCCAACGUGUACACGGCGCUGUUCGCGGCGGGCCUGGCGCCCCUGGCCUGCCUGGUGGUGGUGUUGGUGGUGUUCGUGCACGCCUACCAGGUGAAGCCGCAGUGGAAGGCCUACGACGACGUGUUCAGAGGGCGGACCAACGGCGCAGAAAUCCCCCUGAUUUUGUACCUCUUCGCCCUGAUCUCGCUGACGUGGCUCUGGGGCGGCCUGCACGUGGCCUACAGACACUUCUGGAUGCUGAUUCUCUUCGUCGUCUUCAACAGCCUGCAGGGCCUCUACGUCUUCGUGGUGUAUUUCGUUCUGCACAACCAGACGUGCUGCCCAAUGAAGGCCAGCUACGCCGUGGAGAUGAACGCCCACCAGGGCCCUGGCUCCGCCUUCUUCACACCCGGCAGCGGGAUGCCGGCUUCAGGGGAGGAGGUCAGCAAGUCCACGCAGAACCUCAUCAGCGCCGUGGAGGAGGUGCCGGCCGACUGGGAGCGCGCGUCCUUCCAGCAGGCCCGCCCGGCCAGCCCGGACCUGAAGACCGGCCCGAAGAAGGGCGCCGCCUCCUCCUCCGUCAGAGGCUUCAGCCCGGGCUCUCUGGUCGCAGAGGAGGAGGAGUCCCAGGAGUUCGACGACCUGAUAUUCGCGCUGAAGACCGGCGCCGGCCUCAGCUUGAGCGACACCGAGUCGGGCCAGGGCAGCCAGGAGGGCGGCGCGCUGAGCGACUCGCAGAUCGUGGAGCUGCGGCGGAUCCCCAUCGCGGACACGCACCUCUGAGGCCCAGUCCAGACCCGGCGGCCAGCGCUUUCCGGAGCCACCCGGAAGUGGACGGGGCCGAGGGGAAGCCGCGCACACCCCAGCCAGACCCAGGGCCGCUGUAGGACGGCUCACCCCAGGCACCUUAGUGUUUGCUAAUCCCCACCCGGCUGUUUAAUGAAAGUAAUAAUCAAUAAAAGCAGUGGGACGCA